AUGAUCUUUAAUGCUAUUUGUUUAUGUUUUGCCUUGCUUUCCCCGGCAGUUGACGCCGCCUACCUGAAAAAUCCAUCUGACACUCCCAAGAACGUGAAGCGAAGAGGACGUACCUACCAAGCGAGUGAUACUGAUAACAAUUUCCAUCGAUUCCCUGUUGUCAGGCAACAGCCGCAGUUCCACAAACGCCAGGAACCAACCGGAACACCGUUCGGAUUCUAUGAAGGCCUCCCUCACUUGGAUCUCGGCAUAGGCAACAGUGAUCCACCCCAGCACACAAGAGUUCUGCUAGACACUGGAAGCUCAGAACUCUGGGUCUACACUCCAGCACUCCGCGAUGAUGGUACCUAUGACCCAAACCUGUCGACAUCGGAGCAAUGCUAUCUGGCACCAACGUUCAACAUCACUUACCUCGACGGUACAGACAUUGACGGCUUCUACUGCACCGAGAUCAUUCAAGUUGCGGACCUCACUGUCACCAACAUGACCAUUGGCGUGCCACAGACAGCAGUCGGUGACGCCUCCGGAGACUAUGGCAUUCUCGGUCUCUCAUUCAAGACUGGACAAGGACCGGAGGAAAAGCAUUCGACUCUCGUUGACGCGAUGUUCGAGGAAGGCUUGAUCCCAGCUCGUGCGUAUGGCAUCUUCCUCAACAAGGCAGCACAGCUAAUCGACAUGGAGCAUUCAGAUUCGGAAAAUGGAGAGAUCACCUUCGGUGGUGCAGAUCUCAGCCUCGUGGUUGACGAAGAACUAUCUCUCCUAUCGAUGCUCAAGACUGAGGAUCCAUCAGAGCAGCAAAUCCUCACUCUGUUGACCGCUGUCAACUCCAACGAAGUUGAUGUCCCGGUCCUCCUCGAUACCGGCACACCAAUCAGCAUCUUACCACCAGAGGUCCUCAACGCCUUGGUCGAAGAAUUCGCGUUCACAGAGUCUACCGACAAUCCAGGAAUGAUCGAAGCCCCAUGCAGUAUGGCAAACGAAACAACGACAGGACUCACGUUCACAUUCACCGAUUCCGCGGAUGCGGAGAAUCAGGUCACCAUCAUGAUGCCGUGGUCUGAAGCUAUUCGCCCGGCCGGCGAUAGCGCGUGCGCUUUUGUUUUCAGGGCGGGCGACACUUAUAUCAUGGGCCAGACAUUCUUGCAGUCCACGUACUUAUUCGUGGAUCUGGAUGAGUUCACCAUCGGCUUGGGCCAGGCGAAUUGGGUGUGA